UUUUAAGGAUACCAUCCCACAUCUCAAUUCUCACCCUCUUCGAAACACAGUAUUCCCAAGUUUUACUAGGAUUUUCUUUAUCUACUUUCUUUUCCAAAAAUUCCUAAAAAAAAAAAAAAGAAAUCUUUCAAAUUUGGUGUUGAGUCCUGACAUAAAGUUGGUUUUCUUUUGAGGAUGACUUGAUUGAUCAGCUAAACACUUUUGGGUACUCCUAUUUCUAUGUUUGGAGAAUUAGCCAUGGAUUAUACCUUGAAAUCAUCAACAAGACAACAAAUUUUAGUAAACUAAUUGCAUGUAUGAACCUCAGUUUGUUGGGGUUUUUCAGGAUAUUAUAUACAAAUUUAGAGAAGUUGGGAAAUAUAGGUUAAGGGAAUGUCUAGAACCUGUUUUUAAAAUGCCUUACUGCCUGCUGCUGGCUCCUAUUGACCCCCACCAGACCACCACCUUCAAUUGACUCCAAGUCUCCAAUUUCAGCCUACAGGUUAUGGAGAUAGAUAAAACAAUUAUUGAUCAGAAUAUGGAAGAAGAAUAUGUAUUGAUUGAUCUUGAUGCUGUUUGUGGCCAAGUUGACAUACCUCCUGGUGAACCGUAUGUUUUAUCGGGUCUGGAUUCACCGAAUCCAGUAUUGACCAUAGGGAACAAGUUGAAGCUGAUAGGAGAAUACAUCGAGACAGUGGGGACAUGUUUAGUUUUCUCAGAGAAUGAAAAGUCACCUUCAACUCACGAAGAAACAGGAUCUACACAAGCCAACCUUUCCGAGAAUGAUCAUAUAGCGGACCAGAAUGAAGACAAAUCCAAGCAAAUUAAGCCUUUAACAUCCCUCCAUAAGAUACUAAAAUUCAAAUUGCUAAUAGAAGCUGAUGGGCAAGAACAAGAUUUAACAGAGGACCUAUUUGAUCCUCCUUUUGUAGCAGAAGAUACAACUAAUGUGAAUUAGGGAAGUCUUCAUCUUCUGACUCGUAGUUCUCAGUGUUAUUUCACUUUCAGUCUUUUUGUUAAGGAAUAGGUAAGGAUGAUUUCAUUUCAAUGACAAAAAUAUUAUACUUAACAAUAAUCAUCCUUUAUAAGAUUUAAAAUAUCCAUACAAAUAAUAAUCACAUACUUAAAAUUUUUAAUUUUUUAAAAUUUUUAAGAGUAGAGUAAAGUGGAGCGUAAGAGGAAUUGUCCCAGUCAUGAACCCAAUUAUCUGCAUGCAAAUCAUAAUCCAUGAGUAAGGUUUGGUUUGGUAUUAGAUGAGGAAUGGAUUAAUGAAUUUGAGGACAUACCACUGCAACAGUUGAAGGUACUAGCAAAUAGCAAAUAGCAAAUAGCAAAUAGCAAAUAGCAAAUAGCAAAUAGCAAUGCCUUUAGAUUCAUCUUUUCUGAAGCUGUAAUAAACCAUUGCUUCCCGCUCCCCAGGCCCAAGGUAAUGCUAU